AUGCCAACAAAACUGCUGCUCUACCUGCUACUACUUUCAAUGUUCCGGGCAUGUUCUCAAAGAGUCGUCUCUGAAGAUGAGGAAUACGACGAUGUGACUGUGAACCAAAUGCUGGCACCCAGAGCCCACGAGACAGACACCACUCAGAUUCUGAACAACCUGCUAAAGGAGUAUGAUAAAAAACUCCGGCCUGAUAUCGGAGUUAAACCAACCAUCAUCGACGUGGAUAUCUUUGUAAACAGCAUUGGUCCUGUGUCAUCAAUAAAUAUGGAGUACCAGAUUGACAUCAUCUUCGCUCAGACAUGGACUGACAGUCGACUGAGAUACAACAGCACAAUGAAAAUCUUAACGUUAAACAGUAACAUGGUUGGACUUAUUUGGGUGCCUGAUACAAUCUUCAGAAACUCCAAGAAUGCAGACUCACAUUGGAUUACUACACCCAAUCAACUACUUAGAAUAUGGAAUGAUGGGAAAAUACUUUAUACGCUAAGGUUGACUAUAAAUGCUGAGUGUCAGCUGCAGCUUCAUAACUUUCCCAUGGAUGAGCACUCAUGCCCCCUGAUCUUCUCCAGCUACGGCUACCCACGGGAUGAAAUGAUUUACAAGUGGAGGAAAAACUCAGUGGAAGCAGCUGAUCAGAAGUCGUGGAGACUGUACCAGUUUGACUUCAUGGGACUGAGGAACACUACGGACAUACUCAAGACAUCAUCAGGUGACUAUGUGGUGAUGACUGUUUAUUUUGACCUGAGCAGAAGAAUGGGUUACUUCACCAUUCAGACUUAUAUUCCCUGCAUCCUGACGGUGGUUCUUUCCUGGGUCUCCUUCUGGAUUAAACAGGAUGCAACACCAGCCAGGACUGCUUUAGGGAUAACGACAGUGUUAACCAUGACCACCCUCAGCACAGUGGCCAGGACUUCACUGCCCAGAGUUUCAUACAUCACAGCUAUGGACCUCUUUGUCACUGUCUGUUUUCUCUUUGUGUUUGCGGCUCUCAUGGAGUAUGCUACGCUCAACUAUUACACCUAUAGCGUCCGCAGACCUACCUGCAACAAGACCAGAAGACAGAAGGUUGACAUUUUGAAAAAUGAUAGUUUUAACUACUCUGUGCUGGAUGUGGGACCUCCUCCUACAGUCAUUGCUCUAAACAACUCCAUGUACUGGCAAGAAUUUGAUGACGCCUGCCUAUAUGAGUGCCUGGAUGGUAAAGACUGUCAAAGCUUCUUCUGCUGCUACGAGGAGUGUAAAGAAGGGGCCUGGAGAAAGGGCCGAGUCCACAUAGACAUCUCGGAACUAGAUGCAUAUUCUCGCGUCUUCUUUCCCACCUCUUUCCUUUUGUUCAAUGUCGUCUACUGGGUAGGCUACCUUUAUCUUUAGCAGUCUCUCCUUUCCUUUUUUUCAAGACUUUUUAUGUUG